UACGGGUCUAGUGAAAGUGUAACUAAUACAGACUCUGCUGAGGAGUUACCAUGCAUUACUAAUGAGAGACAUGCAGCCAGAAAGUUGCAUGCAACACUUGUAAAGCUCCUGAAGCUGUAUGUAGCUACCAAGCUUGAUGUCUCCUUUUCUAUUCCUUUUUUGUGUUGCAUUAUAUUAAAUAAUGCAUCCAACUAUCUAACUUUUAAAGGAUUUAAACACACUGUAGAAAUACUUAGUUCUAAGAUGCCAUCGUAAUCAAAGCCAGUAAUUUGGAUAAAUUUCCUAUCGCUAAGUUAUACUGAAAUGAACAUUGUGGGAAAGCUCAAUUUAAUGAUACCGUGGAGUAUAUUCUUGCUUCAUUCACUGCUGUCCUCUCUGCAAGGAUCUUAUUGCAAGCUUUCUCUCUUGAGAAGAAAUUCCAGAAAUGAGUUUAAUGCAACUCGACAGAAAAGAGAUCUCGUAACAGCCGAGAUUCAAGCUGCCUCUCCUCGGUUGCACCUUCAUGGGGCCUUGACGCGGAGCCCGCCAGGAGGUUCAUGUCCUCAGGAGUGCCUUAAUGGAGCAGUCUGCACAGAGGCAGGUGACUGUGACUGUGAGUUAUUUCAGGCUCAAGGAAGCAGGUGCCAAAUUGUACCUAACACUGGUAAGGACCGAGAUGGGAUUUGCAAAUCGUGGGGACAGUAUCAUUUUGAAACAUUUGAUGGCAUCUACUACUACUUCCCAGGAAAUUGCUCCUAUAUUUUUGCAAAAGACUGCAGUAGUCCAGAACCCCAGUACACUGUUUGGGUUCAUAACAGUCCUCACUGUUAUGGUUCAGUAUAUACUUGUCAGAGGUCUGUCAGCUUAUUUUUUUCAAACCAAGAAGAAAUAAUUAUUUCAGGACAUGAAGUAAGAAAAGAUGGAAUCAAAUUAAUGUUGCCUCAGACAGUUGGAAAUGCUUUCUUUGAGAGGCUGGCUGACUAUAUUCUGGUGAAGACUACCUUUGGUUUUUCUCUUGCUUGGGAUGGAAGCUCUGGCAUUUAUAUUAAGCUGGCAGAAGAUCAUAAGGGAAAACCUUGUGGCCUCUGUGGAAAUUUUAAUGGCAAUAAGUAUGAUGAGCUGAUACUACAAAAUAUAGGUGAAUAUACAGAAGACAUUGCUGAAUUUGCAAAUAGCUGGGCUGUGCAAACCUCAGAUGACAUAGCUUGUGUACCUACUGCCUCAGAUUUUUCCAGUCCUUGCCCAGCUGAUGCAGAAUUCACUGAGGACGUAUUCUUCAAGUGCCAAAUAUUCCUACAGUUUCCUUUUCUCAGCUGUCAUGAAAGCAUAGAUCCAUAUUCUUAUAUUUCUAGCUGUAUGAAUGAUCUUUGCAGAGUGGAUGAUGAUGAAACAUACUGCAGGGCAGUGACAGAGUACGCUAGAGCAUGCUCUCACGCUGGGUCCCCGGUGCGGGACUGGAGGGAUGACUUUCCUGCCUGUACUGAGAAAUGUGAAGACAGCUUUGUACACCGUGACUGUAUCAGUUGUUGUCCACCAACCUGCACGUUUGAAAAAGAUUGUCUUGGCAGCAACCUACACUGCUUAGAUGGCUGUUACUGUCCAGAUGGUCUCAUUAUGGAAAAUGGAACUUGUAUCUCUGUGUCGAAUUGUCCUUGUAUUUAUCAUGGAACUGCCUUCCCUGUAGGCUCAAAAAUUGAACAAGAAUGUAGCAACUGUAUUUGUAUCGGUGGCAUUUGGAACUGCACUGAUCAUGAUUGCCCAGCUGAGUGCUCCAUCACAGGUAGUUCUCAUUUCACAACAUUUGAUGGACGUCAUUUUACCUUUCUUGGGAUUUGCCAGUACAUUUUGGUAAAAGGCACUGGGAAAAACAAGUUCACAAUCACUUUACAGAAAGCACCUUGUGGACAGAACUUUGACCACGCCUGCAUUGAGUCUAUAACACUAGUUCUUGAAGAUGAUGUGAGCAAACAAUUAACACUCACGAGAUAUGGUCAAGUCCAAACUGGCCCUAACCAAGUUUUUAACCUUAAUGGUGCUAUUGAAAUUCAGAAUAUAUCUUCUUUCUUUGUUCAACUGAAAACUAGUUUUGGUUUGAAGAUACUGUUUGCUAAAGAUGGAGAGAGGAUCUAUGUUCAAGUUGAUGUUGGCUGGAAGAGAAGAACCUUAGGACUAUGUGGAACUUACAAUGGGAAUUUAAGAGAUGAUUUUCUUUCUCCAGCAGGGAUGAUAGAAGGGACCCCACAACUUCAUGCCAAUGCAUGGAAGGUUUCCUCAGCUUGUUCUGUGCCUAUCAAUAUUCCUGUGGUUGAUCCCUGCAACGUUAAUCAGCAAAAUGCUGGGUAUGCAUCUCACUGUGAUAUCAUCAAUCAAGAAGUUUUUGCUCCCUGCCAUGCCUACAUAAGUCCAGGAUUAUACUACCAGCUAUGCCGCUUCGAUGCGUGCAAAUGCGGAAGCAGCUGUUUGUGUAAUGCUUUGGCACACUAUGCUUACGUCUGUAGCAAGCACGGGGUCAUCGUUGACUUCAGAUCUCAUAUUUCUUACUGUGCUGUGAUGUGUCACAGUGGUAUGCUUUAUCAUCAGUGCUCUUCUUUUUGUAAACACUCCUGUGCUUCACUUUCUAUGGCAAAUAUCUGUGGUGAUGACUGUGCAGAAGGAUGUAAUUGUCCUGAUGGGAAGUAUUUUGAAGAGUCGGUCAACUUUUGUGUAUCAAUAUCUGCCUGUCAUUGUCAUUACAAGGGCAAAGCCCUCCAGCCUGGAGAAAUCCUCCCUACACCAACAGGCUCCUGUCAGUGUUUGAAUGGAACAGUGAAAUGUAUUGAAGCCACUACAGAAAAUACAGUUCACAUAUGCCCUGAAGGAAAAAUCUACUAUGACUGCAGAUCUCCUGUGCCUGGAUUACCAGCAGCGGGCGUGAAUUGCGGGAUCUCUUGUGCAAACCUUGCCAUGAACUUCUCCUGUGUCCCCUCACCACCCUGUGCAAGUGGCUGUAUUUGCCCCCCUGGGAUGGCUGAGCAUAGAGGGAAAUGUUAUAUUCCUGAUAGUUGUCCAUGCACCUGGAAAGACAGGGAAUUUCUGUCGGGAGAAGUGAUAGCUACACCGUGUUACACCUGUGUUUGUCGGAGAGGGAUAUUCAAUUGCACUAGUUACCCCUGUCCUGCUGUAUGCACUAUUUAUGGAGAUCGACAUUAUUAUACUUUUGAUGGAUUGGAGUAUGAUUAUGUCAGUGACUGCCAAGCUUACCUGCUAAAGAGCACAGAUAACUCAAAUAUAUCUAUAAUUGCUCAGAACAAAAAGUGCUUUGACAAUGAUAUUGUUUGCUCGAAGAAUGUUUUCAUCACUGUUGGAGACACCGAGAUUUAUUUUAGUGAACCUUCUGAGAAGCAGAAGACCUUAAGGGGACAGGAAAACAAAUCGAACUAUCAGCUUUGGAAGGCUGGAUAUUAUACUGUGAUACACUUUCCAGAACAGGACAUCACAAUUCUGUGGGAUAAGAAGACAAUGAUUCAUGUUAAAGUUGGACCUCGAUGGAAGGGUAAACUGGCAGGUUUGUGUGGAAAUUUUGACAAAUAUACUUCAAAUGAUCUGACUACAUCAAACAACAUGGAGGUGAGAAAUGCACAGGUGUUUGGAGACAGCUGGGUAUUAGGACAGUGCAAGAGCCCAAAUGAAACACUAAGACCAUGUGAGGUACAUCAGAGCAAGUUCCCUUAUGCCAAAAAGGAAUGCUCAAUUUUAUACAGUGAUGUUUUUGCACCUUGUCGCAAUGUGAUUGAUGUGACUUCUUUCGUCAAAAAUUGUCACACAGAUACGUGCAACUGCAAUCUCGGUGGGGACUGUGAGUGCUUGUGUACCAGUAUUGCAGCUUACGCCCACAAGUGCUGCCAGCAAGGAGCAGCAAUUCACUGGCGAUCUCCUUCGCUCUGUGCUUAUGACUGUGAAUAUUACAAUCAAGGUCUUGGUGAAGGACCCUAUAUUUUGGCAAGCUAUGGAGAGAAUGACACAAUUAUAGGAGCUAAUGUAUCCAGUAGAAGAAUAUUUCCCCUGCCUAGAACCGGAGCACAUGGAAAUGUAUUUUUCAGUUUCAUGAUAACUCCAGGUCUUUUCAAAGAUAAAGAUUUAUCGCUCUCUCUCGUUUCUCUUGAAUCUGCUGAAAGACCAAACUACUUUCUGUACGUACACGACAAUGAAACUGUUGGGUUGGAACAGUGGCAGGCAAGUGCCUCCUUUCGGAGACGAGCCACCUUCUUCCAUCACCAGGGCCUCUGGAGUCCAGGGCUCAGUGCCUUUGAACUGCACAGUAAAAAAGGCUUUUUCAUCAUUCUCACCUCAUCUGGUGUUAAAGUGGCAAAGUAUGAUGAUUCAGAAGAAUUCAAACGUUUGAGUACCUUUAAUAUUGAAGAACUCGGUGCCUCAGUGCCUUAUAGACGGCUGUGUGAAUGGCGAUAUGAAUCUUGUGCUAAUCCUUGUGUUAAAACAUGUAGUGAUCCUGAAGGAAUAGCAUGUAAAUUUCUUCCUCCGGUUGAAGGAUGCUUGCCAUACUGUCCCAAAAACAUGAUCCUUGAUGAGGUCACACUUAAAUGUGUUUAUCCGGAAGACUGCAUACCUGUGACACCUACGGAAUCAGCAAUUGGAACAAAACCUUCACUGUUAAUCUCUCACACGGGUGCUACCACAGAGAGAUUUCCUCAGACACCUCCUUUAUUUGUUACUUCAGGGACUGAGUCAACUCGCACCGGUGUGACAGCCAAAAUAACCAUGAAGGCAAACACCACUUUAAUGGGAAUGAAUAUGUCGGCACAGUCCCUUACAGACUUUCAUUCACUGGAAGCAUCUAAUGCAGCCACCUAUUCAACAUUUUCAUUACCAAGUACAGUGGAGCCUUCUGAUGUACUUCACAGCACAGCCAGCCCUACUGUCCUUUCCAAACUCAUCUCUUCAACAGAUUUUCCAACUGCUCUUCAAGCCUCAGCAGUCACAUCACGUACUGUCAGUUCUACUGCAUCUAUAACUUUACCCAUUACAAUAGCAACUCCAACAAUCCUGCUCAGUGCAAGUCCUAUUCCAACACGUUCUGCGUUAUUAACACCCACUUCCCUACUGGUAGUUCCCUUUCCACUUGAAACAUCAAUCACUCAGCUAGGAACGGUUCCCCCUACCUCAGCAUUAAAAGCUUUAACCUCCAAGCCAUCUUUUGUCACUUCUGAGCUGCCUGCAGGGAUUGGGAAGAGUAGGAGUCCUCCAGUAAGUCAUUCUAAGGGAGCAACAGUAUCCUCCAAAGUGUCUUUGUCUGCUUUCCUGGCUGGCAGAGCAACUUUCACAAGACCUGUAUUUCUUCUAGGUUCACGGUUGACACUAAGCACAUCUACUUCUCCUACAUCUACUUUGUCUGUUAGAACUAGGUCUGGCACUGGUCAAACUGCAGUUCACCCAGCACCCAUUUCUGCACUGACUUUAACCGCUCCUCAAAUUCCUAUGACCACUAGAUUUGCUAGCUUUGAGACAAGUUUUCCUCAAUUAAUCACAGCGUCAUAUUUUGAAACAGCAAAACCUUUGUCUAAAACUUCUCUGAUAUCUUUAAAUGCAAGUUCUUUAGCUAGUUUUUCUCCAAAGCCAUUUUUAUCUUCAGUGGAAAUUUCAGUGACUGUUCCCAAGCAGACAUCUCCAUUAAUAAAAGACAGUAUUUCUCCUGCUCUGCCUGUAACGACUGUAUCUUCACCUCAAGCUGCUUCUCAAAUCCCUAUAAACACUUCUUCAAGCCCUUCUGUAACACACACACUAUCUGUACCAGUGCAUUCUCUGAUUACCUCCCUGAAGCCCAAAGCUAUGGCAGAUGUCACUGUUACUUCCAAAAGUCUUUAUAAAAUUCCUUCCACUGCUUCCGCUCUUCUAGUCAAUCCAACAAUCUCUGAUAUGCCUAUAGCAAGUAAAGCCUCAACAGAAAAUAAAUACGUAAUGGACACUGAUUCCUCUUUGGUGUCAUCCAUUUCUAAAAAGCCAAGGAAAUCCAUUAGUUCUACAGUCUUCCCUCUUAGGACACUGGUAUUACCUCCAAAUGCUACGUUAAUAACCACUUCAGAAACUACAGAGUACCCAAGCAGUUCACGUACAGAAUUGAAAACUGACCCUGUAGCACAAAGUUCAGGCACUUUCAUUCCUAAAGAUCCUUCUCUUACAAGGUCAUCAUCUUUAUUUACACUCUUGUUAUCAACAUCAGUACCAUCUCAUGUGACAUCUCUUCCUACAAGUUCUUCAUUGAUUCCCAUAGUCAGUAGGACAUCAUCAUUAACACAAAAUAUAACUGCUACCCAAACACCAGUUUCAUCUCUAGAUACACAGGGAACCUCAGAAAGUCCAGUUAUAGACUUCGCAAAUUCUUCUGUAGAUUUUUCUACAUUCACUUUAAACAUAAGCCCUUCUACCAGCCUUUCAGCGGUGGGAAAAACAUCCAUUAGAAUGCCCUCCUUAUUAAUGCCUACAAUUCCUGAAGCCACUUUAGAAAACCAGCCCAGUAGGGUCCCUGUGUCUUCACCUCCUCCUAAGACCGCUCGUAUCUCUACUGUUUCUUUAGGAAAACAGAGUUCUUCAGUAAGUUCUUCAGAAGAAGAUGGAAAAAUAUCAGCCAUAUCAGCUGGAAUCAUCACUCAAUCCACUACACCAAUGAUCACGAACACAACAGUGAAGGCUACAUCCUUAAAAGCACCUUAUAUUUUUGCAAAAAUACCACCUAGCUCUUCAGCCAGUUUAUUAGUUGCUUCUGGCACUACCGUAGCCUCUAGGAUUACUACAAAAACCACUGAUUCUUUUGUUGCCGAUUUGGAGUUUUAUAUGGCUUCAGCUUCAGUUCCUACCACCACAGAAACACUCAUGCAUGUGUCACACAAAUCUUUAUUUACGUCUGCAGCAUCUCAAACUUCACAGAGCACUACAGAAACUCCACAAAUGAUGAUCAUGAAAACAACGGGUACUACAAGUCCAUUAUCACAGAUGAAGAGUACCUCAUUUACAGCUUCAGAAUUUAAAUAUGCAACCUCAUUUGAAAGAACUGUGGCUAUUUUAGAAAGUGGUCAGACUUCACAUGAGCAAAGAAAUGUUACCAAGACAAAGUCAACCACAACUGAGAAAUCUUCCCUGCCUUAUUUGACAGUAUCUGCAGUUCAGAGUUCACCUUUUUCAAGAAAUACAACCUCAGAAAAAAAUCUCUUUCUUUCUGGAGUCCCGGACGUAACAUCAUCAAAUUGGUCCAAAAUCUCAACACAGAAAACCAUUAAACCUUAUUUCAGUUUAACAGAGCCCACAGAGCUGCAGACCAGAACUAUAACAGAUUUAUUUCAUUCUAGUGGUGGAAUGGCUCUGCCUUCCUCUUCAGAGCCUGUGGAAACACAAACUUCUCUGGCAAGCACAGAAACAAUGACAGCUAUAGCUGACAAGGCUUCCUUUGGUACAAUGAUGCAUACGCUGAUGUCUACAUCUUCCGAAUGUGUGCCAAGAUACCUUGAACCUGUUGACAAAUGUAGCCAAUAUGUAUGUGUUAAUGCGGGUUGGAUGUUAUACAACCUUUCAAGGAACUGCCCUAAGGAUGUGCGGAAGCCAGACUGUGGUUUUCGAGGAAUGCCAGUUCAAGUUAACACUGAUAGUUGUUGCCCAGAAUGGGAAUGUCCCUGUCAAUGUUCUGUAUUGUCUGAACUGAGUGUUAUUACAUUUGAUGGAAACAACAUAGCCCUCUGUAAUAUGGCUUCCUACAUUUUAGUCAAGUUACCAGGAGAAACUAUUGUUGCUCAUAUUGAAAAAUGUCCUGCUAAUCAGAGUGCAAAUUCAAUAAGAAAACUAGUUCCCCCUGCAAGCACUUCAGGGCUCUGUUUUAAGAAAUUAAACGUAACAACACGCACAUAUAAAUUACUUAUCAAUCGUUUAGCAAGAAAAGUAGUAGUGGAUUCUGUAAUCCAAUCAUUACCAUUUUCAAAAGAAGGACUGAGUAUUCAGGAUACUGGUGCAAUGUAUGUCAUUAAUUCCCCAGCUGGUAUUAGCAUCAAGUGGGCUCAUGUUACAGGCAUCAUAGAUAUACAGUAUGGAUUACACUCUAACACAUCGAUGAAGACAGAAGGACUUUGUGGGGUGUGCAAUGGAGACCCUACUGACGACCUGAAAAUGCAAAACAAGACCAUAAUUACAAAUAUGGAGGAAAUUGAAGUGUUCAUUAAGAGUUGGGAAAUUGAGAAAUCACUUGAUGUAACUACCAGGAGGCCAGUACGAAACUGUACUGAAGAUAACUGCACAUACUGUAUGGAACUGUUAAACAGAAGCAUUUUCAUCCCUUGUCACAAAAAAGUGUCACCACAGGAGUUUUGUGAGAAGAUGUGGAUCAACAGUACUUAUUUUUGGAAUUAUGAGUGUGAUGCACUUUCUGCAUAUGUGGCUUUAUGCAACAAGCACAACAUCUGCAUUAAAUGGAGGACACCUGAUUACUGUUCACUGAGUUGUCCUGAGGGCAAGGAAUACCAGCCUUGUGUGCAACCCUGUGAAGCCAAGACCUGCCUGAAUAAAUGGUUCUAUGAAGAUUCUCCCUGUUCCUAUUUAAGGGAAGACUGUGUGUGUAAAAAUGGCACUAUUCUGCAUAGAACGGACUCUGACCUCUGUAUACCAGAAGAAAAAUGUACAUGUACAGAUAACAAAGGACAACCCCGCUCUGCUGGGGAGAUUUGGAAUGGGUCCAUGAGAGGCUGUUGCAUGUACAACUGUUUAGAAAAUGGAAGCAUUGUUGCUGUAGAACCUGAAUGCAAUGAGGAUCCUCCACCAGUCUGUGAAAGAGAAGGGGAAGUUAUCAUACAUGUCAUCGAAGAGAGAGCUUGCUGUCCAAAGAAAGUUUGUGAAUGUAACAUGUCAUUGUGCGAUGCCAUUAUUCCAACAUGCAAACCCAAUGAAAAAUUAGUGGUAGGCUACCACCCCCUGUCCUGCUGUCCACAGUACCGAUGUGAAUGUGAUCCUUCAGUUUGUUUCAAUGCUUCCCAGCUGGACUGCAGAGAAGAUCAAUUUAUUGUUGAAGCAAAACAGGAAAAUCCUUGUUGUUUCUCUUAUCUCUGCGUUUGUGAAUCCUGCAUUGAGCCUGUUCCCUUGUGUAAUGAAGGGGAAAUUCUCACUGUAGACCUUAAUACCAUACAUUACUGUUGUCCUCAUUACUACUGCGUUUGCGAUGAAAAUCUUUGUCCUGAGCCUCCUAUGAAUUGCACAGAUGACAUGACACUUGUGAAGGAAAAAAUACCUGGGCAGUGUUGUCCAGAAUGGCACUGUGAAUGUAGCUGUGAAAACACCACUAUGCUGACCUGUAAAUUGGGAGAAGUUAAAAAAAUAGAUGGUGUUUCCAGCGCUUGUGGAUGCACUCACUACAUUUGUGAGAAGGAUGAUGUGUGCAUCUUCCAAGAGGUCACAGUACUGAAUCCUGGACAGUCAGUGAUUCAGUACUUGGAUGGAGACCUUUGUUACACUGUACAGUGUUUACAAGAAAAAGAUCAGAACACGGGAUACAACGCCAUGCAUUUUACAAUGGUGAACUGUUCCCAGCAAUGUGAAGCUCAUCAAAUAUAUAUUCCUUCCUCCAGUCACCAUACUUGUUGUGGUACCUGUCAAAACGUGUCCUGCUCUUUUCAUACUGAGAAUGGAACACUAAUUGUGUAUGAGGAAGGAAGCACCUGGAGCUCCAACUGCACCAACUACAAGUGUGCAAAGACUGCUGCGGGGGCUAUGAUACUGGGAUCAAGUGUUGUCUGCCCCCCUUUUAAUGACACUGAGUGUACAAAGAAUGGAGGAAUUGUGCAGGCGUAUAAUGAUGGCUGCUGCAAGACCUGUUCUGGAUUGGGUGUAUUACCCUUUGCCAUUAGUCCAGUAGUGCCUACUGAUAGUAUUAAUUGUGAACCAGGCAAAAAGGAAGAAAGGAUUUGCCAGAAAAUGACAAUCAGGACAACCAUAAGGAAAAAUGACUGUAUAAGUCAAAGCCCGAUAAAUGUGGCUUCUUGUGAUGGAAAAUGCCCAUCUGCAACAAUUUUCAAUGUCAAUAUUGAUAGUCAUUUAAGAUUCUGUAAAUGUUGUCGAGAAAAUGGAACGCGUAACCUGACUGUGCCACUACGCUGCUCAGGAAAUGGCACUGAAAUUAUGUAUGUCAUUCAAGAGCCUAUAGACUGCUCAUGCCAAUGGAACUGAACAUUACUGUGGAUAUGAUUUAAUCUGAAGAAUUAAAAUGAGUUUCCUUUCACCAGACUCUAUUUUUUGACCUUGGAUGGCUAUAGUGCUCUGCAGGGGAAAAAAAAAAAAAAAAGUCCUCAAUUAUGCUUUAUAAUGUAACUUUUCACAAAUUUAGUGAAGAUGAUGUUGUUCUUUGUUCUGCAAAUUUUCUUUUCAAAUAUUGGCAUGUGUAGAGAGAAAAACAUAAAUUCUUUUGAACAAGGUAUAAUUUAGCCAUCAUUUAUUUCUACUCAGUGGCUUUCUGAUGAGCUGUUGAAAGCUGGUUAAUGUCUGUGCUUCCAGUGUUUUAAAAUUUUGGAUUGUGGCUACUUAUCAAAGUUCAGAAUUUCUCAGUGGUUCUUUUCCUUUUACUUGGAAACUUCCAGUUGAGAACCAUCACUGGUCCCAUGUUUAAAUGGGAAAGAAGCAUAUUGGGGUUUUGAGAAUGACUGAAUUAACUUAUUAAAAAAAUAGUGGGUUCAACUGAAACAUUUUUUAUCUUGCUAAAAAGUUUAUCUUUCGUCCAUUAAGCUGUUGUCAAUGACUGGACUCUGCUUACACUGUAAGUCACUGAGAAACACCACAACCAACAGGUCUGUAAGUAACUGUAGUAAAUCUCCAGAGCAUAUAGUAAAAUCAUGAUAAUGUCUUUAAACCUUAGACAUUUAUUUAAUUUUUAUAUAUAUUAUAAAUAUGAAGCAUGACUAAGCAAAGCCUGAAGAGUUCAAACACUUGUGCCUUUAUUAAAAAUAUCUAAAAGCUGUUUCUGAUAUGAAGGAUUCUAUUUUAUAUCCAGUUUUCAGUUUUCACAACUAAGAAAUUGGGUGUCUACUGUUAGCUGUAGAAUAAGAUAUUAUGUAUAUAUAUAUUUAUUAAAAAACCAGGAUACUGCACAUUUUAACUAUUCAUAGUGGGUUUCUUCCUUUGUUUUCCAGUUUGAAGAUUUGUGUCCAGUGUAUUUUUAUACAAUACAUAAAAAUUGUUUGCUUUUUUUAAAUAUUGAGAUUUGGACUAUUGAUUGAAUUUAGGAUUCAUAAUUUUUGAGUCCAGGAAAACAAAAUCCAGGUAAAAUAUAUGUUUUGAAGGGCUUAGGUGAGCUAUUCAUGUUCAAUCAGGCUGUGAAUGUGCAUGAUUCAGCACCUUAAGCUGAAUAUACUCUCCCUUUUAUUAAACAUACUACAUAAUCUUAUCUUAAAAUCUAAGAAUAGAAUUUUAGGCUUGUUUUUAGAAGAUUACUUUGCUUUAUAAACUCACUGAAUGAAACUUGUUUAAAUGAUGUCAGUAUUUUCCUUGUCAUGGAAACUGUUUCAGAAUUAAAAUUCUUGUCUGAAAGUCUGAAAACAUUUUGACACAGUUUUUAUUUCAGGCUGUCAUCAUUUAAUUACGAAAAGGUUGGAUUAUCACAUUGGUUUAUACAAUGAAAAAUAAGCAACAUAAAAUUAAAAAACCUUAAAAUCCAAGGCUAUUUUGCUACUUUGUGUGACAAAUCUUUAAACAUUUGCUGUAUUCAGUUUGAAGGCUUGUAAAGAAAAAUAGUAUAUACAGUGAAAUCUGUCGUUACUAACAAGACUGUCAUCUACUCAUCCAUCUCCUUAAAAAUAGUGACUUGGUUUAAAAAUUAAAGAACAAUCCAUUGUAUUAUCAGUAAAAUAUUUAACCACUAUAAAGAAACAGUGAUCACCUAGCGAUCAAAAUAAAGUGCUGUUUUGAGAAA